AUGAUCUCACUAGCAUUAUUGGCUGCUCUUUUCAGCACCUCCUAAGCUAUUUCCUUUGCACCAAAGGCCGGUACCACUGGACAAGACAUUGCUCUUGUAUUAUUCUAAGGUGCCUCUUCUCCAGCCUAAGGAUAUGCUCCAGUUGCUCAACAAAUUUAACAAGUCGCUGCUUAAUCAGGAAUUAGAGCUUUUGUAAGCAUUCCAAGCUUUGUUUUCGAUACCCCAGAGCCCCUCCAAACAGACUCAGCCUUCAAUGGCGCACUCAAGGAAUUGAAAGGUCUUGGGUUCACUGGAGACAAUGUCUUCCUAGCUGGACACUCAUUAGGUGGAGUUAUGGCUUAAAGCUAUGCAGUUAAGCACACUGAUGUCAUCAAGGGUCUUAUUCUCGAAGGUAGCGUCCUCCUCAGAGGAACCAGAAAGGUCCAAGCAAAUGGAUUUACCAAGUUCAACCUUGAUCUCCCAACUCUUACUCUCUGCGGAGAGUUAGAUGGUUUAAUGAGAAUCACAAGAUGCGCUGAGGCUUAUUACCACUAGAUCGAAAAUAUUGACCCCUCCUAAAAGAACCUCUUCCCAGUUGUUCCAUUCCAAGGGUUCUCUCACUGGAGAUUCUCAAGUGGUGCCCUCCCAUCAAAUGUCCUUAACAACGAUCUACAAGCUGAAAUCUCAGAGGAGGAAGCUCACUACCAAGUUGCUUCAGCAAUUACUGGUUUCAUUGGAAAACUUAUUGGAAACAGCAGAGCUGCCAGAGUUGCUGCCACCAGUGUUUUCGACAUUAAACCAUUAGUUGAGGCAAUGAAACUUGAGAACAGCUACUACAUUAGAGACGCUUGCUACAGUCAAACUCUCAUCAACCAAGAGAGACCUGAUUGCUCAAAGGGAUCCCCAUGGGUUUAGGCUAACGCUUAAAGAAUUAUGGGUGGAGACCUACCAAGCGGAGUUAAACUUUCAGGUGAUGACAACUUCCAUAGAGUCUGGACUGUCAACCCAGUUCAUCUCCCACAAUUCAACAACACUUGUGAUGGUCACUCAUCAUGCAUUCUUAACUCAGUUACUGUGACUGAGCUCAUUAACACUGAACUCGAUGUUAUGGACACUGGAAUGUUCCCAAUUGCCGCUCUUGAGAUGAGAUGCAAACUAAUGUCAAGACAAGCUACCCAAAAAGCUGCAGGAGUGGAAAAGCCAGACUUCCAUCAAACUGAUGAGGUUGGAAAUAGAUGUGCAGACAUCAAUAAUGAAGCCAUCUAGUACGCAUACUCUCACUUAAGCACUGAAGCCAAGAAAAGAUAUGAUCAAUUCGGCCAAAAACUCGUUGUUGGUGAUGACUAAGGUCCAUAUAACGCUGGUCCACUCUGGAUCUGGACUAACAUGAUUUAUGAGGACAAUUCAGACAAGACUACUUUGACCCUCAAGUCAGCAAUGAUGAGAACUCCAACUGACUAUCUCAUUUCAGCUGCAGCUGGAUUCCAUUACUGUAAGCUUCUCUCACCAUUCAGAGCAAUGGAAUGGAUGCAAGUUGAUGGACUCAAGGCUCAUUACAAUGCCAAGACUCACACUCAGGAGCUUGCCUUCCUCUAAUGA